AGUCAGUGAAAACCGGAAGAUCAAAUAGUGAGCAAGGCCAAAGAUAAGAACAAAACCAACCACAAGAGAAAGACAAACAGAGAUAAUGGAAAUGGAGACGUACGGGUCGAUGCCAAAGAUUGAACUCCACGCUCAUCUUAAUGGAUCCGCCAGAGACUCCACUCUCUUAGAACUUGCUAGAGGGUUGGGCGAGGAAGGUGUCAUAGUUUUCUCAGAUGUAGAGCAUGUUAUAAGGAAGAGUGAUCGUUCUUUAACGGAAGUGUUCAAGUUGUUUGACUUGAUCCACAUUCUUACCACUGAUCACAAGAUUAUUACAAGAAUCACCAAAGAAGUAAUAGAAGACUUUGCUUCUGAGAAUGUUGUGUAUCUGGAGCUAAGAACAACCCCAAAGAAAAAUAUUUCCAUAGGGAUGACCAAGCGCUCUUACAUGGAAGCUGUGAUAGAGGGUCUAAAGGCUAUUACUUCCGUGGAUGUUGAUUUUAUGCCUCAUGACGUGGACGCUCGAAGUGGCCUGAAUUCUCUAUCUACAGGCCGUACAUGUAAUGGAACAUCAAGAAAAAAGAUAUAUGUCAGACUUCUUCUGAGCAUUGACCGCAGGGAAACCACUGAGGCUGCAAUGGAGACAGUGAAGCUCGCGCUUGAACUGAGACAAUUUGGGGUAGUUGGCAUUGACCUUUCCGGAAAUCCUAUUGUGGGAGAAUGGGCCACAUUUUUGCCGGCACUAAAAUUUGCUAGAGAGCUGGGUCUUUGUAUAACCCUUCAUUGUGGAGAGGUACCUAAUCCAACAGAGAUACGAUCAAUGCUAGACUUUUUACCCCAGAGGAUUGGCCAUGCUUGCUGCUUUGAAGAAGCAGAAUGGAAGAAACUGAAAUCAUUUAAUAUUCCGGUUGAGAUUUGUCUGACAUCCAACAUCAGGACUAAUACAAUUUCUUCACUAGAUGUUCACCAUUUUGCUGAUCUCUAUAACGCAAAACAUCCUUUAGUCCUCUGCACCGACGAUGUUGGAGUGUUCUCCACCAGUCUUUCUGGCGAGUACAAAGUCGCUUCUUCUGCAUUUGGUCUUGGAAAGGGGGAAAUGUUUCAGCUAGCGAGAAAUGCAGUUGAGUUUGUGUUUGCUGAUGAUGGGGUGAAGAGGGAGUUAAGAGAGGUCUUUAAUUCAGCUGAAAACAGGCUGGAUUUAUUAUCAUGAUUGCAUUUCUGAGGGAUAUCUUGCUUCUUGUAGCUUUUCUUGUUUUCAGGUUUUUUGGCCUGGUCUGAGUGGUCAAUAUACUCUGCUAUUUUGGAUGGCUUAUAACUAAAACAGCACUUUAUAAACUAGGUAUUCUAGCGGCCGCCAUACCAUCCCUCCAUUUGUUUCGAGCAGAAUAUGACCUAGUCUUGAUAUUUUACUUUCAAAUUGAUUGUUUUUCAUUUCCAGGACUAUUAUUACUAGAGGGGAAAACACAUCAUUUACUGAUAGAAAUAACAUAUUCUUAGUAUUCCUACA